AUGUCCUGCCACCUGCACCAGCACCUCCCUCCGCUCUACCAGGACCCCAUGGCGCUGUCCCCUGGUGUCCCCUUCCCGGCUCAGCGGUGGCACUCCACCACCUGCAUCCCCCAAGCCAUGCCCGGCCAGGUGCCUCUGCAGCGGGCGACGUCCUCCAGCGUGUGCCAGCAGCAGAGUGUCACCCAGGCCGUGCCACCCCGCCAGCUCCACGGACCCCCCUGCGUGCCCCAGCACCUCCUGCACCAGCAGAUUGUCCCCAGGCGGGUGACAACGUGCGUGCCACCGCAGCAGCGCGUCACCCAGUGCGUGCCACACCAGGUGGGGGUGACCCAGUGCGUGCCACAGCAGCUGCGGGUGCCACACUACUGCCCGCCCGUCCCCCAGCAGCAGAAGGUUGUCCCCAGGUGUGUCACCACCUGCGUGCCACAGCAGCGCGUGACGGGCGGCGCGGGUGUCACCGGCGUCACCCAGUGCGUGCCGCAGCAGCUGCAGGUGCCACCGCCUGAGUGCGUCCCCCAGCAGCAGAAGAUUGUCCCCAGGUGCGUCACCACCUGCGUGCCGCGGCCGCCGUUCGUCACCAAGGGUGUCCCGCAGCAGCAGAGUGCCACCAGGUGCGUCCCCCAGCAGUGCGUGACCAGCGUCUGUCCCCAGCAGGGUGUCCCCAGGUGUGUCACCACCUGUGUCCCCCAGCAGCGCGCGGCCCGGGGCGUCUCAUACCAGUGGGUGACAGCGCCUGUCCCCCAGCAGUGGCAGAGUGUCACCGCCAGUGUCCCCCAGCAGUGGCACAGCAGGUGUGUCACCAAGUGUGUCCCUCAGCAGUGUGACACCGGCGGGGCCAGCAUUUGUGUCCCACAGCAACAGCAGAGUGGGAUGGUUUGUGUCCCUCAGCAAAGUGCCACCAAGGGUGUCCCCCAGCAGUGUGUGACCAAGGGUGUCCCCCAGCAAAGUGCCACCAAAUGUGUCCCCCAGCAGUGUGGGACAAUUUGUGUCUCGCAGCAAAGUGCCACCCAGUGUGUCCCCCAACAGUAUGGGACAAUCUGUGUCCCCCAGCAGUGUGUGACCAAGAGUGUCACUCAACAGAGUGCCACCAAGUGUGUCCCCCAGCAGAGCGUGACCAAAUGUGUCCCCCAGCAAGGUAUGACCAAGUGCGUCCCCCAGCAAAGUGCCACCAAAGGCGUCACCCAGAAGUACAGGACAGUUUGUGUCCCCCAGCAAAGUGCCACCAAGUGUGUCCCCCAGCAGAGUGUCAAGUGUGUCCCUCAGCAGUGUGGCACAAUUUGUGUCCCCCAGCAAAGUGCCACCAAGUGCGUCCCCCAGCAAUACGGGACAAUCGGUGUCCCCCAGCAAUGUGUGACCAAAUGUGUCUCCCAGCAAAGUGCCACCAUGUGUGUCCCCCAGCAGUGUGUGACCAAGAGUGUCCCCCAGCAGUGUGGGACAAUCGGUGUCCCCCAGCAGUGUGUGACCAAAUGUGUCCCCCAGCAAAGUGCCACCAAGUGUGUCCCCCAGCAGUCUGGUGGAGUGAAGAUCUCCAGCCACUCCAAGAAAUACUGCUCAGCCCCCAAGUGGCCCUGGUGA